AUGUGGUCCGGAAGCAAGCGCGUUCUCGGCCCGAGAACACGUCAUGACUGGCGAUUGGUCAUCAUCAACGCGUACCUCUCUCUGAAUCUCAUACAUACAUGUACCCCGAUUCCCGAUGCAGGCUCUUCAUCCUGGAAACACGCACGUGAAUCCUUUUCCAUGAUGAGUGCCCAUCGCGAUGUCGAAAACGGGUCCAGGCCCGAUGAGCGCGCACCAUUGCUGGCCCCAGAAACACUGCGGCGCGACUCCAACACAACGUCAACCAGUGGCGGGUCCCAGUCUGAUGGACCCAAAUGGCGGUAUGCUUGGAGAGCACUUUGGAUCCUGAUUGCAGUGCUUCUGAUUGCUGUGUUCAUCAAAGGAUGGAUAGAUGCCGAUGAUCUGGACUUUGACCUGAAAGGUGCUCUGAAGCGGGCACUGGGCGGUGGUCUCAGCGGUGCAGCUGCAAUGGUCCUCCAGGUCCUUUCGUUGAUGCCUAUUCGCACAAUCAUGAACUACCAGUAUCGCCAUGGAUCGUCAUUGACAGUGGCCACAAAAACAUUAUAUGCUGAUGGCGGAAUCGGGCGUUAUUAUCAGGGCAUGGGCGCUGCUCUUUUCCAGGGCCCAAUUGCACGUUUCGGAGACACAGCAGCCAAUGCUGGCAUCUUAGCCUUGCUCCAGUCCAACGGCUAUCUUAAGCAGUUACCAUCACCCAUCAAGACCGUUUUUGCAUCACUAUGUGCAGCUGCGUUCAGGAUGGUUCUCACGCCUAUUGACACACUCAAGACCACGCUUCAAGCACAAGGUCCCCGAGGAUGGGCACUGUUAAGAAACCGCAUAAAGAGCGAUGGAGUGGGAAGUCUUUGGUGGGGAGCUUUUGCAACUGCUGCAGCGACAUUUGUUGGGCAUUAUCCGUGGUUCGCUGUCUACAACUUCCUCUCCGAAACGAUCAGCGAGCCAUCUCGACAGCAUCAGAUCGGAUGGUGGUUACUUCGUGCCGCCUUCAUUGGCUUCUGUGCAUCCGUCUCAUCAGACACGAUUUCCAACUCUUUGCGAGUGGUCAAGACGUAUCGUCAGGUAAAUGACACUAGGAUCUCGUACACCGAGGCUGCAAAGCGCGUCAUCCGCCAAGAUGGACGACUUGGACUAUUCGGUCGGGGCCUGAAAACCAGGAUCUUGGCAAAUGGACUGCAAGGUAUUCUUUUUUCGAUCCUCUGGAAACUCUUCUUGAAGAUAUGGGAGGACAAGACAAGUUAA